AUUACCGGGAGAAUAGGGUAAGACUUAGGUGUAAGAGGGUCAGGAAAAUCAUUUUCUCUGUGUAAAUAAGUGCCACCUAGUUUUAUAACUAUUACUGUCUUUUGUGCCUUACAUGCCCAGUGAGAUUAUAAACUAGCCAGUUUUAUUCAUGUAUAUGAAAGGUAAUCUCUCUGCCCAUCACUCUGGAGGCGACGGCUAAACAUUAUCUUGAUUAACAUUAGAAGAUCUGUGCCCCCAAGUGCACUAGAUCCAUCUCUUGUGAUUUGAGCUGAAGAAAGGGUGAGCGAGGAAGGGUAAAGGCUGUUGGUCUCCGGGCCAGGCAACCCUUUGUUUUGAUAAACAAACCCUGAAGCCUGACGGCUGUCAGUGCCCUUAAAAACCUAAGUCCAGCAGUUCAGCUUGCUUGGGUUGGGGAAUGAGUCACAGGGAACGCAAUUAAAGGACAUCCUGCCAGAGGUUCAUGUUCUUCGGCUGCCUCAGAAGCCAGACGGAGUCACCUUGCUGCCCUAAGGCUAGAAGGGAGAGGGGAAGCCAGAGCAGUCCUGGUAACCGGGACUGGUCAGAGCAGCGCAGGGCCGGCCCUGAAACAUCAAUCCCACAAGGUGGGGCAAGCAAGGGUGGAAAGGAAAAACUGGACUGGAAAACGAGGAGCAGCAGAGACGAAGCUAGCGCUACACCAAAGAAAGCUGGGGCCCGGAAGGCAGCGGGCGCCCCACGCCGGAGCACGUGCUACACGCCGCUCCCCACCGCGGACCAAAACAAACCGGCGUGGCCCCGCCCCGCGCCACCACGUGACCUCGGAGCGCCGUUUCCGGGGGAACCCAGCGAGGCCCCGCGAGGACUUCCGGCGGCGGGUGCAGACUCCUCAGCUCCGUGCACGGUGCCUUCGAGUGGACCCUUCCACGCGGUGAGCAUGGCCGAGGUCACCCAGGAGAACGCUCGCCUGACCCACGCAGCUGGAGCUUCCGGGGAUAAAGGUGAAUAUGUGAAACCUUUUACGCCAGAGAAAGCAAAAGACAUUAUAAUGUCUUUACAGCAACCUGCAGUCUUCCAUAACAUGGUUUCAGACUGGCCCUCGCGACACUGGACUGCUGAGCACCUUUCUGAGGUCCUUCAGCACAAGCGGAUCCGCUUCAGAAUGGGAGUGAAGAGCGCAGACACAGUUCCUCAGUUUGAAACCAUGUGUAGUUAUGUGGACGCUACGCUUGAAGAAUUUCUGACCUGGAACUGUGACCAGUCUAAUAGUUUUGGACCUUUUAGAGAUUAUGAUCAUUCGAAAUUCUGGGCGUAUGCUGAUUAUAAAUAUUUUGUCAACCUAUUUGAAGACAAUUCAGAUGUUUUCCAGGAUGUGCUGUGGUCUGACUUUGGGUUUCCUGGGAGGAACGGCCAGGAAAGUACAUUGUGGAUUGGCUCCCUCGGCGCGCACACCCCCUGUCAUCUGGACACCUAUGGCUGUAACUUAGUCUUCCAGGUGCAAGGAAGGAAAAGAUGGCAUCUCUUUCCUCCUGAAGAUACACCCUGCCUUUAUCCAACUAGAAUCCCUUAUGAAGAAUCUAGUGUGUUCAGUAAAGUCAACGUUGUGAAUCCUGAUUUAAAGCGUUUCCCUUGGUUCCGGAAAGCUCGAAGGCAUUCAGUCACACUGAGCCCAAGACAGGUCCUUUUUGUUCCCAGACACUGGUGGCAUUACGUGGAAUCCAUUGAUCCUGUCACCGUCAGCAUAAAUUCAUGGAUUGAGCUGGAGGAGGACCACCUGGCCCGCGUGGAAGAGGCAAUCACUCGUACGCUUGUGUGUGCUCUGAAAACAUCCGAGGACCCCCACAAUUCCCGGGCUUGGUUAAACCCCACUGAGGUUGAAGCAACCUCUCAUGCAGUCAACUGUAGCUACUUAAGUGGAGCCAUUUCUGCCUUUUUCAGUCAUUCCAGAACCCCAAAGGCAGGAGAAGACGACGUGCUGGAAGCAAAUGGGGGAAGCGUGGAGAAGGAAGGAUCACACGUGUGCAGCCACCCCGAGGUGGACCAGACACGCAGCCGCAGCCAAGGCCCGGGAGCCGGAAAGCGGGCUGCGGCGAGCGGCUUUGGCCCCGACCUCUGCCCUGUACUGCCAGCUCCUGAAGAGCCCCCUGCACACAGAGGUGGCGUAUUUGAAAAUGACAGUAAAGAGCUGGCUGACAAAGAUGAGAAACACUUUGCCAAAUCCUGCUGUCCCCAGAGGCCACAAAUGAUGAGUGAGGACGGAAACGCGACAGGGGGACAGGCUGCUGCGGGUAGUGCUCCCGGCCUGUCUCAAGCGCUCAUUUCUACCGAUGAUUUGCUGGACUGUUUAGUGAAUCCACAAGUGAUCAGGAUGGUGGCACAGCUUUUGAUACAAGGGAAAAGCUUAUGAUUCUCAUAGAAGGCAAAUUUUUAAUAACAUCGUAAAAAUGUAUUUGUAAACUAUAGUAUGAUUUAAAAUAAAAGGUGUAACAGCCAAA